AUGCCUCUCACUCUGACAUUCUUGUGCAACGACCCGCUGAACACCAUUAUCGUUAAUCAGUCGAGUGGCCAAACUAACCAUCGAUAUGAAGUGACUUCCAUCGAGCUUGAUGAUGGAAAACGAAGGACUACACUGACAGCUCUGACUCCGAUCCGCAGAGUCAUUGGUAACAUAGAGUGGAAGGGACCACUAAUUUCUGGCCUGCUCACUGCUACCGUGAAGGGGCGACGUAUUACAACAUCUUUGCCACCCAGAGGCUGUUUGAAUCGAAUUAUGUUCAUGCUCUGCUUCAUGGGCAGGCGGCAUUUCAAAUGGAAGGCCUCGGAUGGGGGGAAAUUUGUGCUCGUGGACUGCAGCAACGGAUCUGUGAUUGCGCGCUAUUGGAGUACCACGUCAGCGCUCUCUGAGAAGGAGCAGAUAUCGACACUUGAAUUGGGGGAUAAAGGUUUUCCCAGUCUCAACCUCAUCCUCUUCACAUUCGUGUGGGCGUACAUUAAAUGGCAGCACCAUACUGCCUUCCGCGUCAAGAACAUGAAUAUGAAUUGA